UAGCUGCGGGUAGGAUGGGUCCUCGCCGCCGGCUUCGUUGAGACUUGCUCGCGUGGGCUGCCCUCGGCGGGCCCGCAGUGGCCGCGGCGGCAUGAAGGGCGCUCUGGGGAGUCCUGUGGCCGCGGCCGCCGCAGGCGCCGUGAUGCAGGAGAGUUUCGGCUGCGUAGUGGCCAACCGCUUCCACCAGCUGCUGGACGACGAGUCAGACCCGUUCGACAUCCUGCGCGAGGCCGAGCGCCGGCGCCAGCAGCAGCUGCAGCGCAAGAGGCGCGACGAGGCGGCGGCGGCGGUGGCAGCGGGGACCGGCAACCGCGGUGGCAGGAGCCCGGCUGGGGCUUCGGGCCACAGACCCGGCGCGGGCGGCGGCCGGAGGGAGUCCCAGAAGGAGCGCAAGAGCCUCCCGGCCCCCGGCGCACAGCAGCCGGACAGCCCCGGGGGCGGCCCGCAGCCGCCUGGCCAGAAGCGAACUCCCAGAAGAGGGGAGCAGCAAGGAUGGAGUGAUAGCCGCGGCACAGAGGUGGCGCUUGAUAGAGCAGAGCGGAGAUCCUACAGGGAAUAUCGACCCUACGAGACCGAGAGGCAGGCGGACUUUACACCUGAGAAGUUUACAGAUGAAAAACCAGUUGACAGAUUUGAUCGAGACAGACCACUGAGAGGACGUGGAGGCCCAAGAGGGGGCAUGCGAAGCAGAGGCAGAGGUGGUCUUGGGAACAGAGCUUUUGACGGUUUUGACCAGAGAGGGAAACGAGAAUUUGAGAGAUACGGUGGCAGUGAUAAAAUAGCAAUCAGAACUGAAGACAACACGGGUGGAUAUGGAGUUCGCACCUGGGGAUCAGGUAAAGAUACCAGUGAUGUGGACCCGACUGCUCCGAUGGAGGAGGCCACAGCCGUGGACGAGUCCCUGUGCCCCCUGGAGGAGGAAGCUCCAGCCAAAGUUCCUGACUUGGAGGUAGAAGAAGAAAACCAAGUUCAAGAGAUGACCCUAGAUGAGUGGAAAAAUCUUCAAGAACAGACCAGACCAAAGCCUGAAUUUAACAUCCGGAAACCUGAGUCCACUGUCCCUUCCAAAGCAGUGGUGAUACACAAGGCCAGAUAUAGAGAUGAUAUGGUAAAGGAUGACUAUGAGGAUGAUGCCCAUGUUUUCCGGAAAGCGGCCAACGACAUCACAUCCCAGCUGGAGAUUAACUUUGGUAACCUCCCUCGUCCCGGGCGUGGAGCCAGAGGUGGCACCCGGGGAGGCCGGGGAAGGAUCAGAAGGGCAGAAAACUACGUCCCCAGAGCAGAAGUGGUGACACAAGAUGUCGCUCCAAACCCAGAUGACCCUGAAGACUUUCCUGCUCUGGCAUGAGCGCCCGAUUUCCUUGGCCACAUCCAACAGCACUGGCCAACCUACCAAGAAGACUUCUCUUGCUCUGGGGAAGAGAGUCAGACUCUAAGAACAAUAGAUGUUGCUUUUUCCCGUGUA